GGGAGGAGAGAGUUUGGGAAUAAAUAGCUGCUGCUUUCUUUGAGUCGAGUUCAGAAACUCAGUUCAGUGAAAUCUGUUUGCUGUCGACCAGAACAACUAGAACAACCAGAACAAUGCUCCAACGGUGUGUUUUAUUGCUGCUCGUUGCCAUCGCAGCAGUUUCUCUCGCAGCUCCAGUCCCAGAGGGAACAACAGCUGACGAUAGAAGUGCAGCGCUGCUGGAUCACAUAAACAACGCUGCUACUGAGAGCCCAAGAUCUGAUGGACACACUCAAGCUGCUGCUCCUGUAAGCCCAGAGACUCAAGAUGUUGCUGACAGCGGCGCCUCUGAUGAAGAUUCAGCUGCAGCAACUCAAGCACAAGAUCCCGAGGAUGAUUCUGCUAAAAGUGAUGACAACAGUGACGAGAAGUUGAUCACUGACUCUGACUCUGAGACGGACUCCGACUCUGACUCUAAGACAGAGACUGACGAUGACUCUGAGGAAGACUUACUAAAACCAGAUGAUAGCAUCAGCAAGGAUGAUGACAGCCAGGAGGUGGAGGGGGAUGAAAUAGGGAGUGAGGAGCAUGCAGAGGAGAAGGAAGUGAAGGAAGAUGGAGAUAACUCUGAUGCUAAGACUGAUUCUGAUUCUGAUGAAGGGUCUGACACCAAGACUGAUGCUAAGACUGAUUCUGAUUCUGAUGAAGGGUCUGACACCAAGACUGAUGCUAAGACUGAUUCUGAUUCUGAUGAAGGGUCUGACACCAAGACUGAUGCUAAGACUGAUUCUGAUUCUGAUGAAGGGUCUGACACCAAAACUGAUGCUAAGACUGAUUCUGAUGAAGGGUCUGACACCAAGACUGAUGCUAAGACUGAUUCUGAUUCUGAUGAAGGGUCUGACACCAAGACUGAUGCUAAGACUGACUCUGAUUCUGAUGAAGGGUCUGACACCAAGACUGAUGCUAAGACUGACUCUGAUUCUGAUGAAGGGUCUGACACCAAGACUGAUGCUAAGACUGACUCUGAUUCUGAUGAUGAUUCUGACUCUAAGACAGGUUCUGACUCUCUGGUUGAUGAUGACUCUGACGCUAAGACAGGGUCUGACUCUCUGGUUGACGAUGAUUCUGAUGAUCAAACUGAUUCUGACGAUCAGACUGACGCUGAGGCUGACAUACUAAAACCAGAUGAUAGCAUCAACCAGGACACUGACAGACAGAUGGAAAGGGGCGAGGCAGGGAGUGAGGAACCAGCAGAGGUGGUAGGGGAAGAUAAGGUAGAGGGAGGUGAAAUAGAUCCUAUAAUGUCAGAUGAUGACAGCAUAAGCGAUGACAAAGACGUUACUCUGAGUCAGACUGAUGGUGAAAACGGAAAACCUGGCUCUGAAAGCAAGGACAUCAAUGACACACAGGACUCUGUGGAGGUGAUUCAGGACAACUCUGCAAACUCAGACACUGUGGAACCGAAGGAGCAGAGUCCAGAAACUCCCAUCUCCACUAAAGUGCCAUCUGCUGACCAACCAGACAAACCGGACGACUCCACCUCCACCACCGCAAUGGCCAUGAAUUAAACGCUCAGCCUCUGAACUGUGGAAGCUCAUCGCCUGCAGAGUCGAGUCCGCGAUGGAACACAGUUGCUAUGACAACAGCAGCAACAAGCUAAAACUGCAACUAAACUUCGACCUUCAGCUUCCUGUUUUCUCCUCUGCUCCUUGCUGAUUGGUUGUCUCCGCUUUCUUCAAACUCUGGCUUUGGUUUAGAAAAAUCUGUCUUCCACCAAUCAAAUCUCUGUCUGUCUGUCUGCCUGUCUGUCUGUCUGUCUGUCUGUCUGUCUAUCUGCCCGUCUGUCUGUCUCUGUCUGUCUGUCUAUCUUCCUGUCUGUCUUUCUGCCCGUCUGUCCCCCUCUCUGCCCAUCUGUCUGUCACUCUGCGUCACAUUAAACCAUCUGUUCUGUUUUUGUAUUCAGAAGAAUUGCUAAUAAAGUUUGAACUGUCAAAUCUUCUCUCACUGC